AUGGCCACAACAACUGGCCCGGAGAGUCAGCAGCUCGAAAAGGAGGUGCAGGCUGUCACAAUCGACCCUGAGGCCGGCCAAGACCACCGGCUUACUGGCAAGUCCUGGAUGUAUAAAUCUUUCAAGGUUGGCCCAUGGACUCUGCCGUACUUUGCCUCGCCUGAUGCACAGCUUCUCCUUGUCUCCUUUGUCUGCUUCCUCUGUCCGGGAAUGUUCAAUGCCGUUAGCGGCCUCGGAGGCGGAGGUCAGCUAGGCUUCAAGGACGUGAACAAUGCCAACACCGCCCUUUACAGUACCUUUGGGGUUGUUGGGUUUUUCGCAGGCUCCGUUGCGAACCGCAUUGGUCUGCGUUUGACGCUCUCAAUUGGUGGCUUUGGUUAUUUUCUCUAUGUCGCAUCGCUACUGUCUUACAACCAUAACCAAAACUCUGGCUUCCUGAUCUUUGCUGGUGCACUUUUGGGCGCCUGCGCUGGCCUACUGUGGUGCGCCCAGGGUGCCGUCAUGAUGAGUUAUCCGAACGAAAAGGAGAAGGGUAAAUUCAUCGCCAUUUUUUGGGUGAUCUUCAACCUUGGCGGCGUCAUCGGCAGCUUGGUGCCUUUGGGUCAAAACCUCCACUCGGUGGCUGGUCAAGUAAACGAUGGGACUUACAUUGCAUUCAUGGUACUCAUGGCCCUGGGUUUCGUUCUGGCCUGGGGCCUAGCCGAUUCAAAGUACGUCAAGCGCAAAGAUGGCUCGCACGUUAUCGUCAUGAAAAACCCUACCUGGAAAUCCGAGUUUAUGGGUCUCUAUGAUACUCUCCGCACCGACUACUAUAUUCUCCUCCUUUUCCCGAUGUUUUUGACAAGUAACUGGUUUACGGCGUACCAGUUCAACAGCGUCAAUGGUGCAUACUUCACCAUCCGUACACGAGCCCUCAACAAUCUGCUUUACUGGCUGAUGCAGAUGCUCGGAGCGUUCGUCUUUGGGCAAUUACUGGACUUAAAGUUUCUCUCUCGGCCCACCCGAGCCAGGCUGAAUCUUUUCAUUUUGUUUGUUCUCACCAUGGGUGUUUGGGGUGGAGGUUAUGCGUUUCAGAAGACCUACACUCGCGAAACAGUCAAGGCGGAUACCGACUGGACCAGUCACGGCUUCGUGGGCCCAAUGUUUCUGUACAUGUUCUACGGGUUCUAUGAUGCGGCUUUUCAGACUUGCGCAUACUGGUUUAUGGGCUCUCUGACAAACAACGGCCGCAAGCUGGCAAACUUCGCUGGAUUUUACAAGGGCAUUCAGUCCGCUGGUGCAGCAGGCAUGUGGCGGUUGGAUGCGGAGAAUACUCCCUUCAUGACGGAAUUCGCUAGCUGCUGGGGUCUCCUUGCUGGCAGUAUUGUGAUUGCCUCUCCUGUAGUUUUCCUCAAGAUCAAGGAGCACGCGGACAUGGAGGCUGAUUUGCGCUUCUCGGACGAGACCGCUCAAGAAGUGGGGGUAUCUGUGCCUUUAGAGGAGCAACAGUCCAUUGAUAAGAAGGAUGAGAAGCGCGCCUCUCUCAGUUGA